UGGAUAACCAAAAGUGCCAGGAGCCCUCCCGACUAUCCCUCGAAGCGUAAAGGGAGGGUUGUCUUUCUUCCGCCAACGGGGAAGGCAGAGGAAAUCGUAGGUCCUCUUUCUCCACUGUCGGUUCUCUUCUUCGACCGUUAUCCAUCCCUCCCAUCCUUCACGUGUUUUGCGCAGUCGGUAGGCAGAGGACUCCGGCGGCGGGAGAUGUCUAUUCGAGGAACAACUGAUGGAGAACAAAGUAGAAUGGAAAUUGCUGUAGGCUUCUAUUUACAAUUUUGGUGGUAUUAAGUCAGAAGUUCUCGCGAUGACAAGUACCACAGAUUUAUUUGUUCCAACCAAAGUUCUAUAUUCACAAAGAUGCACAGGAAGAUGCAGAUUUGUUAGGUCGCAAGACAACCUUUUAUUCUUAAAGCAGAGGCCCGGUCUCAUUCACCUCCGCUGGCGGCAGCACAAGCUACUUUUUUGCAGGACAUCCAUUUUUUGUAGCAAUUCAAGUUCAUAUCCGAUACCUAGUGGUAAAGAUGAUAAUGAAGAUUUUACGAGCAAGGUCCUGCGUGAAAAUCCCAGUCAAGUGGAACCCAGGUUUUUGAUUGGAGAUCGCAUAUACUCCUUAAAAGAGAAAGAACAACUGAAGGAAGCAAGGUUUGGAAAUGUACCUACUCAUUUGGUGAAGCAGCUUCAAACUAGAUUCUUCAGAAGGAAAGAUGUUCAGAAAACUGAAAUUGAAACAGAAGAAUAUUUGCUUGGUGAAGAAAAAAAAGAGGCAUCAAAACCUGUAUAUCUCAAGGAUAUCCUAAGGGAGUUCAAAGGUAAACUCUAUGUUCCCGAAGAGAUGUUCAAAGAGCCACUCUCGGAAAAAGAGGAAUUUGACAGGAGCUUGGCCAUUCUACCAAAGAUGAGCUUUGAAGACUGUAUGAAGGCCCUGCGGAGUGAUAAGAUAAAGUUGUUGAGUUCUAGAAGGAUCACCAAACGUCCAUUUGCUUAUGGCUAUUGUGAUUUUAUUGUUGAUCUGAAGGAAAUACCUGGAGAGAAGAGGUUGCAGAGAACAAAAUGGGCAAUGCGGUUAAGUGAAGAAGAGGCACAGGUUGUUUUGGACGAAUACAAGGGUCUACAAUCUGAAAUUGAAAUGAAUACCACGUCUUAUGUGGGUAAAUCACCUGACAUUCCUCAUCCAGUGGCUUCUACCAUAUCCAGCAGAGUGGUGGUUGAGUUGGCAUGUGUGGCAUUUUUGAUUGCUGGUGCAGCUUUAGUGAUUGGUAGUUUUCUUGCAUCAGCAGCCAUCAGUGUAGCCAGUUUUCUGUUUGUUAGUUCUGCGUAUGUGAUUUGGCCUGUGGUGCGACCAUUCUUUAAGCUCUUCUUCAGUAUUCUCUUCAGUAUCGUGGAGCGAGUUUGGGAGAAUCUUUCUGAUCUAUUCAGUGAUGGAGGGAUCUUCGCACGGCUCUAUGACUUCUACACUUUUGGUGGUGUUGCUUCUAGCAUUGAGAUCUUGAAGCCUAUUUUGUUUGUUGUAGUUACAAUGGCUUUACUUGUGCGGUUCACUCUUUCAAGAAGACCAAAGAACUUCAGAAAAUGGGAUAUCUGGCAAGGAAUUGAAUUUGGGCAGUCUAAACCACAGGCUCGAGUUGAUGGUUCAACUGGAGUUAUGUUCAGUGAUGUUGCUGGGAUUGAUGAGGCAGUGGAGGAAUUGCAGGAGUUGGUGAAGUACUUGAAGAAUCCUGAAUUAUUUGACAAAUUGGGCAUAAAGCCUCCUCAUGGCGUCCUCCUGGAAGGGCCUCCAGGAUGUGGCAAGACUUUAGUAGCCAAGGCAAUAGCUGGUGAAGCUGGCGUGCCGUUUUACCAAAUGGCUGGUUCAGAAUUUGUUGAAGUUCUUGUCGGUGUUGGUUCUGCUCGUAUACGUGAUCUUUUUAAACGGGCUAAGGUAAAUAAGCCUUCUGUUGUAUUUAUUGAUGAAAUUGAUGCAUUGGCAACCAGGCGAGAAGGCAUUUUCAGCGAGUCCACUAACAGCCUCUAUAAUGCUGCAACACAAGAGAGGGAAACUACAUUGAACCAGCUCUUGAUUGAGUUAGAUGGUUUUGACACUGGUAAGGGUGUCAUUUUUCUUGGAGCAACCAAUCGCAUGGAUUUGUUAGAUCCUGCACUUCUUCGGCCAGGUCGUUUUGAUCGCAAGAUAAGAAUCCGUCCUCCAGGAGCAAAAGGGAGAUUGGACAUCUUAAAAGUCCAUGCGAGGAAAGUAAAAAUGUCACCAUCUGUUGAUCUCUCAACCUAUGCUCAGAACUUGCCUGGAUGGACGGGUGCAAAGUUGGCACAACUUUUGCAGGAAGCUGCUUUGGUGGCAGUGAGGAAUGGGCAUGACUCCAUAGUAGAUUCUGAUCUAGAUGAUGCAGUUGAUCGGCUAACUGUUGGACCAAGGCGUUUAGGGAUUGAUCUGGGUCAUCAGGGACAGACACGAAGAGCUACCACUGAAAUUGGGACUGCUUUGACAUCUCAUCUGCUGAGGCGGUUUGAGAAUGCAGCAGUCGAAUUUUGUGAGCGCAUCUCUAUUAAUCCUCGCGGGCAGACAUAUUCACAAAUAGUAUUUCACCGUCUGGAUGAUGAGUUAUAUAUGUUUGAAAGGCAUCCUCAGCUUCUGCACCGGCUUCAGGUGCUGUUGGGUGGGAGAGCGGCUGAGGAGGUUAUGUUUGGGCGAGACACAUCUACAGCUUCUACAAAUUACCUUGCGGAUGCAUCUUGGCUAGCCCGUAAGAUCAUAUCAGUAUGGAACCUUGAAAAUCCAAUGGUCAUUCAUGGUGAGCCUGCUCCCUGGAGAAAGAGUGUUAGCUUUAUUGGCCCACGUUUGGACUUUGAAGGAUCACUAUAUGAUGAUUAUGGAUUGUUCGAACCGCCUCUUAACUAUGAGUCAGAUGAUAUGGUUGCUCGCAGAACAGUGGCAUUAAUCCAUGAUAUGUAUGCCAACACAGUUUCUUUGCUAAAAAGGCAUCAUGCAGCUUUGUACAAGACUGUGCAGGUUCUUCUGGAGCGAAAGGAGAUUAGUGGCGAAGAGAUUGAACAUAUCCUGGAUAUGUACCCAGCAGAUACACCAGUUGAUCGUGUAUUGAAUGAGGAAAACCCAGGAAGAUUGACCUUUUCUCAUGAAAAAGUGCGCAAGUUUGCUUUGCCUUCUGUCCCUUCCUCAAAAGAACAAAGCCUGGAGGAAUCUGUUGGGGCCACAAUUCAACCAUAAGCGUUUAUUCUGCUGUGGAAAUUUUCGUACGCGUUGGUUGUCGGUCUCUUUUCCAUUCACUGUUCUUCAAACAAUCCAACCUUUUGUGAAGAGCUCUCUUGUCGGCUGUCAACAGAAACCAAGCAGAAAAGCAAUCUGGUGACCAUCUACUCCAAGCUUGUAAAAAAUCAGAGCCGAGCAAUUUUCCUUUUGACUUUGUUCCUUCAUCGUCAAAAGUUCUGCAUGUCAUCGCCAUUUUAGUCAGGAUGGCCACCUGCUCUGUAAAAAACUUUUUGGUCGUACUCUAGAUCGUAUAUGAGGCUCAGAAAUGUGCAUAUAUACGAGAAUAUCAUGUCGAUUGUUCUUCUCUUAUAGUGGUGCAAUUCAGUGAAGCCAUACGUAGUCCGACUCUC